UGGUUUUCUGAAAUUUAAUAAAAAAUGUUAAGUGUAAAUUACUAAAAACUGAUAGCAGGAGAAAUUGUGUUGCAAAAUAUUCAUUUCAUGUCUCAAGAAUCACUGAAUAAUUGAUGUCUUGACUUGUUGAUCACUGCUGGAGCCCUGAGGAUACAGUAGAAGUUCAUUAGGAGAAGGGUAAAUCAACACCUGUGUGGACAUGCUGUGUAGCAUAAGUAAAAGGUGGAGCUUUUUUUUGAAACCUGCAAUACUGGCACUGAUCCUGAAUUACUUCGCUAAAGGUUACCAGGCAAGUUGUGCCGUGUGUUUACGGUGCUUUUCAGUUCUACAGCUAACACAUGUUCUCCAGUAUUUCAAUGCGGGAGUUUUGCACUGCUUUGUAUUGCAAGAUGAGGCUGGCUUCUGAAACAUUGCUGCACACUUCAACAUGCAACAACUGAUGAUAAUACAGGGCUAUAAUUCUGGGAUAGCAAAUCUGCUGACAGCAGCAUGGGUGAGUUUGUACUUGGUUUGAAAUUUGUUAAAAAUAAUUUUGUUACUCUUUUGCAAAAUCCUGAAUGUAGACAGACCAGACCGUGUGCAAUGAUAAAAAUACCAUUUAGAGCAUUUUUACCUGACAAGAAUAUUAUUCUAUCAUGCACAUCUGAACAUCAUUGUGCAAUCACCAUUGAUGUCUCCUUAAAAGACAACAAAAAGAAGUUGCCUCAUUUUGUCGGGGUUGAACACCCAUCUGAGAAGUCUCGUAAGAAGAAACAUGGAUCACAAGUUGAGCAGGAGCAAAUUCAGAAAAGAACCUUCACGAACUGGAUCAAUGCCCAGCUGUCUAAGAGGAGUCCUCCAGUUACAGUGGUGGAUCUUUUCAAUGAAUUCAGAGAUGGAAGCAGACUAUUAGACUUGCUGGAGGUGUUGAGUGGUCAGAGAAUGAGCCGAGAAAAAAGAAGAGGGAUUUUUCAGCACAGAACAAACAUUGAGAAAGGUCUAGAGUUCCUUAAGAAGAAAUCGAUCAAACUGGUCAACAUCAAUGUCUCGGACAUCAUGGAUGGGAAGCCUUCCAUCAUUCUGGGUCUCGUCUGGACCAUCAUCAUGCACAUUCAUAUCGAAGAGUUGGCCAGCACAUUGAACUUUAGUUCUCGUCAGUCGUCUCUGGAGUCACUGGCGAGUUUAGACACGCGUUCGACCAGCAGCAGUGCCCGCAGCAGUCCGGUGCCACCCCGUGGUUCACCCCUGCACACCCGUUUCCGCGUAUCUGCCAAGAAAGCCCUGCUGCUGUGGGUCAGAGAGCAGUGUCAAAAGGCUGGUUGUACUCUGAAUGUGAAGGACUUUAAAGUGAGCUGGAGAAGUGGUGUAGUGUUUUUGGCGAUACUUCAUGCUCUGAGACCGAAUAUAGUGGACCUAACCAGAGCCCGAACAAGAACCAACAGACAGAACCUGGAGGAAGCCUUCCACACUGCUGAAAGAGAACUUCACAUCCCCAGACUACUAGAUCCAGCUGAUGUUGAUGUUAGGGAUCCUGAUGAAAAGUCUAUUAUUACAUAUGUUGCUCAGUUCCUGCAGUACUCUAAAGAUGCUUCUGUUUCUGAUGAGGAAAUGCAGUAUCUCACUCCUCCUCAGCGCCUCUCUCCUGUCAAUCUGCCAUCAGACUUUACUCCUUCUAUAGCUGCAUCACCUUUAAGACAGGCUCAUCUGUUAAUGCCCUGUCCAAUCAAAUCAGGCCCUCCCAAAUCACCUGAGACAGCUCAAGCAGCUGCCCCUGGGACCUCAGCCAAUCAGAAGGCUCAGGAGGUCACAUGCUGGUUGGAUCAGGCCUAUCAGGAGCUUAUAGAGGGGUGGGACUCCACUGAAGGAGAGAGCUAUGCUGAGAGAUACCAAGUCUUCCACACCUUCAUUGUGUCCUUUAACGAGCAGCGGCGGCCUGUAAUGCCAUUACUAACAGCGAUGAAGAGGACUCCUCAUCUUAGUGCAGAGCAGAAAGCUCUUAGACGAGCCUGGGAUGCUCUUGCUGAGAAGCUACGUGAGUAUAAAACAGAGCUGGACCUGAGCCUUCCAUCCCCACUGGAGACUGUAGGCCGCUGGUUAUUGCGUAUUGAAGAGGUUUUAUCUGCUGAAGAAGGCGAGCCAAUAGAUCACGCCCGAGCUGCGGAGGAGGCUCGGGAGAAACUUGAGCUACUAAAGGUGUGUUUGGAGGAGAUGCCUCAUCAUAUCAAGAGGUUUAAUAUGUUUCAAAACACAAAUGAGUUUGGAGAGGCUCUGGUGCCAGCGGACAAGAUGGAAGAGAUGAAGAGAAGGUUCACCAGUGUCCGUGUAACAGCUAAAUAUCAUGGUAUUAAGCUGGAGUACCGUGAGCGCAGACACACAGUGUUAGACCUGCUGAAUCAACUCAACAUUAAACUGCGAUCUUGGAAAAGAGCCUACAUUUCGCAGGAGGCUGUUCGUGUGCUAAUGCAGGACUGGAACGAGACUGUGAACAAACAGGAACUGACUUCUUUGCUGGAUGGAGCCCUCCAUAGACUCAAACUAAUCGCCAACAAAUACACCAGCAAGGCUGCCUUGGCUGGAGACUCGACUCAGGUGAAUCGUCAGGUGGCUGAUCUGGAAGCAGAUGUGAUAGCGACUCUGGAGGGUGUACGGAUGGUGAGGGGAACUAUGGGACGCGUGUUGGCAGCUUGGGACUCUUACAGUGAUAUCUACAGCUCAAUGCGAGCUUGGCUGGAGCAGGGUCCACAUGCCCAGCGACACGGACAGAGUACAGAGGUGACAUUAUCAGUUAUGUCAGAGUGGAGUUCGCGCCAAGCUCACCUGAAUGAGGUGGCCAACUACUUGACAGAGGUCACAGACCCACAUACAAGCCGUGCUAUUUCAGACGAGCUCUGCAAGAUAAAUCUGCUCUGGGCUGACUUUGCCAAAACAGCCCAGUUUUCUUUAACAGAGGAGCCCAGUGCUGGCCCAUCCAGUCCUCAGACAGUUCAGUCUCUGAUAAGGGAGGCCACUCAGUUACUUAAAGAACCUGUGGAGGUCAUUUCUGGAUCACUACGUACUUACACGAAGAGACUACAGCUUAUGAUGAAGAAAAUAAAGGAUGUGGAUCUAGAAGCCCUCUUUCCUUCUCUAGACUGCUCUCCAGAUACCCUGAGCAAACUUCAGCAAGCCAUUCCUGAAGUCCUACAGACACUCUGUGAGGCUGAGCAGGUGUGUGAUGAGCUGCGCGUCAGUGUGAGUGGGCUGGACGGGCGUCUAGCUGAACUUUUACACUGGGAGAUGGAAGCCAGAGAGCUCCAUCAGCUACUUAAGGAGGAAACACACAGGCAGAAGAGAGGACAAGAUCCCAGAGCACGGCUGUUGAUAUCUAGGGGUUUACAGUUAGAGGGUCAGGUGGUUAUGGAGGAACAGGAUCUGCAGGUGAUGGUCAUGACUAAUCAAAAGACUUCACCACUGCAGUACCUCAUUGCAUCCACCAUGCAGGACAGAGUACGCACUGCUGUUGAAAAGUCACAGGAAGCCGUAGGGAUGCUUAGCUCUUUGGGGUCUUGCAGAGACCGAAGCCCAGUUAGAGACCAGCCCCCUUCCAAGAUCUUUGUCCAAUAUCAGGGGACAGAGGAAGAGUCCCAAAAACCCUCCUUCCAGCCUGUGUCUCCACCAGGAGCCCCUGGCCAACCAGAACCUCAGCCUGCAGUCAGGGCCAAAGUCCCAAAACAAUCUCAAAUACUCUCAGAGGAAUCUUCUAAAGCAGUAGACCUCAAGACCCAGCAAUGUAGUCAGCCUGUGCCAAUGAUUAUUGUGCAAGAGUAUGAAGAGGAGAAAAGUAGUCCACAAUCACAAAUGCAUCCCUCUGUGCAUGUGAAAGACUCUCAGUCCAUUGAAGUUAAGUCAGAGAAAGUUGUCCAGGCUCAAACAAAAAUCGACAAAGAGCAUCAUGUAGAAAGCCAGGAAUCUUUACCACAGUCUGUGACACAACAAAAGACAGUAAAAGGUUCAGUAGCUGUCCAACCCUCACAGAACCUGCAACAAGCAGAGUCACAAGUACAUAAUAAACAACAAUUAGCAACACAGCCACAUGUGCACAUUCAUCAACAAGAGACAACUCAGUUUGCAAAGCAGCAGAAGGUUCAACCACAAGGAUCAAUCCAGCCACAGCCUCAGGGCCAACUAGAAACACAAACACAGCAAGCUCCAAAGCAGCAGAGGAAAGUAAAGAAGUCCCAGGCACAUAUGCAGAACAGACCUUGGCUUCAACAGAGGAGUCAACCGGAAAAUGUUACCGAAAAAGCUAAGCCACAGUUGGGCCCACAAUCUCAGUCGGAGCCUGAGGACAAAUGUCAAAUAAGUUCUCAAUCACCACCACCGCGUAUAGUAGCCGUUAGCUCACCUGAGACCCAGGGACAUGCUCGAGGCACAGCACAGUCAAAAAGCAUUGUUAAGAGUGUUGAGAAACACCUGAAGCCAGUUCAGUCUGUUGCACAAGAGAAACCUCUUGUAGUGACACAAAACCUACCUCAAACUGUGCCAGCAGUUUCAGCACAACCAGUGACUAAAACACAACCACAACAGCCAGUGACUGUUCUGAUUCAUCAACAAGUAUUUCCCCAACCUCAGCCCUCUUUAUCAACUCAAGCUCAAACAACUACACAACAAACACUAGCACCCAUUAAGCACCAAAAGCAACCUCAAACACAGAUAGGGACACCACAGCAACCUCAAGUGAUGAUCCAGAAACAGGCACAAUCUCAAUCCACGACUCCCAUGCAACCACAGGUUAUGGCCCAAUGGCAGCCACAACAGACUACUGCUCAGCCUCAUCCUGCAGGGCCACAACCACAAAGAUUUCCAGUGGCCCAAACAAUGCCCCGAAUGCCAGUCCAACAGUACCCAACAUCUCCCAUUCAACCAGAAAUAACAAUGCAGAGACAACAGUCUCAGUCCCAGCAACCCAUAAUGCACAAUCCGACUCUAAUUACCCCUCAAUCCAAAGGUGCAUCCCCCAUACAACCCAGAAUCAUCUCUAUGCCUCAACCCCAGAUGCCCGUUCAAUCUCAAACCCAAACUCAGGUCAAAGCACCGGGAAGUGUACCGCUUGGGAUUCAACCUCAUGGGCAACCCCAGUGGAGUCAGCCAGGAGAUGUCACCCAAACGUACCCCAGAGUGCAAGGAACAGUUUCUGUUGCUGCCCAAAUGCAGCCACUGGCCCAUUUCCAAACUCAUCCCCAACCCCCAAGUAUCCCUCCAACUCAGCCUCAGCAGUGGUCAUCAAUAAAACCAGGAAUAGUGAGCCAUACAUACCCCACUGUCCAAGCUCCAGAUCAGGUAGUUCAACCUCAGCUUCAAAUGGCAGUUUACCCUAAAAUCCAGCUGCAGUCGCAGCCUCAGCAGUGGCCCUCUGCUAGACCUGAAUUACCUUGGGGUCAAUCACAGAUAAGACCUCAAGGUCCAGCUCAGCAUAUAGUUCCCUCUCAGCAAUGGAGACCUAUCAGUCCAGAAAGGGUCAGUCCAGUAUACCCAAGAGCUGAAACCCAAGGGCCCAAGGGACCACAUCAUCAGACCCAAUAUCAAGCUCUUCCAAGGCCAGCAAGCCCUCAACGUCAGUGGAGUCCAGUCCGGCCAGAACAUCCGUUUCAAGUUUCUUCCCAGACUAUGUUCCAUGGUGCUCCCCAGCCAGUAGCUCCAUGGAAUCAACCACCUUCUCAAACUCUCAUAAGACCUCAGAGUCUACAACAGCCUAAGCAAAGUCAGCAAAAGUGGAGUUCAUCCAGGACAGAGGCCCCAUCUGCAACCCUCAUCCAAAGUCAAGUUGCCCAGGCAGAGCUUCAGUCCCAAGAUCUGACAAACCUGCAGUUACCAGUACAGGAACCACCCCAACAGCAGUCAGCUCCUCGGGUUAAGCAACCAGCACUUGCCCAGGCACCCCCUCAAGCCUACACUGAAGCUUAUAUAAAGGCACAAGCCCUGGUUAGGGAUAGAUUUGAAGAAGCCAAGCACUGUCUUCAAGAACACAUUAUGGAAGCUAUCAGUGUAUUUAAGGACAAGAGAAUAAUGGACGAACAGGCAUCAGUUAAGGAGGAGACACUUCGAACUCUUGACCCUGAACUUCUUGAAGAGUUCUUGAGGGCUGCGGAAGGGAUGGAAGCUUUCUGCACCCCAUCUGAACUUAGAGACAUGGAGUUUUUCACACAAUCUGUUAGAACACAGUGGAAGGAUGUUCGAGUGCAAAUAUCAGAAUUUUUGAAGCAACUCAGAUUUGAGUUAACCCGCCUGCAUUUUAACCGUAUGGUUAAGGCAUGUGAGAUACACUUUAAGAAGGAAAAACUCUACCAUAAGCCUGAAUCAAUAUCAGAAUCAAAAGAAGAGGCUUGUUUGUCUGCAGAAGGCAGUCUGGCAGAGGCAGGACAGCAGCUAGAAGCUCUGAAGGAGUUGUGUGAUACUCUGAGCCCUGAGGACGCACACAGGCUUGCACAAGCCCAACUUAGAGAAUGUGAGAGACGGCUUGCUGCCAUCCAGCGGCAGUUCAGUGGAGACACAGAUACACCUCCUUCAGACACUAGUUUACAAACAGAGCAAACAAAAGAGCCACCCAAUCAAAAAGCAUCAACAGUCCCACCACCACUUGAGAAGCCCAAAGAGGUUAUUGUUUCAGAGGCUGUUACACCGGUUAGUUUACAAACCGAGCAAACAAAAGAGCCACCCAAUCAAAAAGCAUCAACAGUCCUACCACCACUUGAGAAGACCAAAGAGGUUAUUGUUUCAGAGGCUGUUACACCGGUUAGCCCCCAGCAACUGAGAACUGUGGAGAAGAGAGAGAUAGUGAAACAAACAAGUACAGAAGAGGACAGGUACCGCAGCUCCAGAUUUGCAUUACAGGCUCAGCUAAACAGAAAUGAGCAAUGCAUGCUUGGAGAUCGUACCUCAGAAUCAGUCACUCCCACAGACCUGCAGAAACGACUGAGAGAAUUAAAGUCUCUGUGGGAUGAGACAGAGUCUCUGUGGAAGGAGUAUGAAGCGCUGUGUAUGCAUUGUGUUCAGUACAAUGAACGAGCUGUUGAGCAGGACCGUGUGGAGCUCACUGUCAGGUGGAGAGAGCAGAGGUCACAGUUACAGGGCAGGGUGGAUUCACUGGGAGCGGCACUUGAGCUUAUGGACUCUAUUAAGCUGAAGAUCUCUGAGAUUUCUAAAAGGCUGGAAAAUUUCAUCAAAGAACCCAAAGACAUUAAGGGAUAUACACUAGCUAACCCUGGCAUUUUGAGAGAUGUGAAGGACUUAGAUGAAAGUAUCCAGACAGAGAUGGAUCGUCUGUCUCGAUUCGACUCUGAGCCCAGUCAUCUAGACUUGCGUGACCGAUCACCUCUGACCCAGGUGGUUCUGAACCACAGAUCCAGCCUGGACCAGCUCAGGCAACAAGUGCGCAAGAGUGACGCCGCUGCCCGUGCCCUUGACCGCUUCCUCAUGUCCCUGCGCACUGUGGAACUCGAUGUCUCUUCUGUGCAAAGCGCCCCCAGCAAUGAUGCUGCUGUACUGCAGGACAGCAGGUCCAAGCUGGCACUAAUCAGAAAAGGAGUCAGCAGUCUCAAGGAUAAGGCUCCACAGCUGGACCAGCUUUUGGGUGGAGCACAGCUCAAAGUGACCCAGGACGGGAGCCCUGUUUCCUGUCUGGACAUGGUGGGGGUACUGGUUCACAGGGUGGAAGAGGCAGACGAUCAACUGAUGAUUCGACAGAAUGAGCUCCAGAAGGAACAGCAGAACCAAAGCCUCGGCUUAAGGAGGAAGACUAUCCAGGCUGAGUUAAGGAAGGUGUUGGCGGCAGCAGAAAAACAGGGUCUAAAGGACCCCACUAUGCCAGCUGUGCAACAUCGGAUGCGAGCACUGUCCGAUGUAGAAUUGCAACUGAACUCUCUUCGCCCUGAAUACCAAAACAUCAAGAAGGCUCUGUCUGAAGUCUCUCCACAGAAAGAGCACCCUCAUCCAGCAAACGAAGAACUUGAUUUCCUUUGGGAAGAGACUGAAAGAGCCGUAUCUGACAGACAAGAGCAGUGCACUGUUCUUAUGGAACUCCUGAAGAAAUUUCAGAACUGUCGCAGUUACCUAGGCAACACUCUCCAGAGGGCGGAGCAAACAAUCAAUGAGCAGGCUUCAUACAUGGGCAAAGACAACUUACAGCGACUCCUUGCAAAAGUGGUUGGCAUAAAGGAGGAACUUAAUUGCCUCGGACCCAAGAUGGAGGAGUUCAGAUCUGUGUGCAGACAGUUGCAGUCCCAGCUCAAGAAAAUUCCUGAUUGCUCAGAAACUCCAUUUGAGACAGAGGCAGAUGCUUUGGUGGACUCGUGGCUGGAUGUGUCAGAGAAGACAGACGGUUACAUGGACAGCCUGCGCGUGGGUCUGGAGUUGUGGGAGAAACAGCUGGUUCUGGGUGGAGAAGUGGACAGCUGGACUUCUACUAAACUCAUUAUCUUCUCAGAGUCUCACCCUUUCAGCAGUGAAUCGGAGGUUGACAGCAUGAAGAAUGAGAUUCAGUGCCAGGAGGACAACCUUGAACACUUCCACAGGAAGUUACUGGAGAUCCAGGAACUGCUGCAGAGCAAAGAAUCUCCUCUUGAGUUACAGGUAAUGGAAACCAACCUGAGGAAGAAAAUGGAGCAGGUGAAGGAACUCUUCUCUGACUGCACUGAAGUCUUCCAGGAGCUCCUCACAGUUAAAGCUCAUAUGAUAGAAAAGAUUGACACCUACCAAUCAUCUGUGAAGAAUAUACGCUCCUCAUUAGACAUGAUCAGUUCAGAGGAUCGCGCAGAACUGGAUGCGCAUUUACAGGACUUGUGUGAGCAGCUUUUGGAACAGGAGGAGCAGGCUGAUACUCUGCUGAAGGAAAUCAAUCUCAUGUCCAGCAUUACUGGACCGCAGGCCUUGGAGGAGCUGACCAAUCAUAGUAAGCAUCUCAAAGACAGCAUUGCGGAAACACGGGAGCUGAUUCGCCACAAGAAGGAUCAAGGGGAGAAAAGCUUUCUUCAGACUAUUAAAGAAGAAUUUCAGUCAUUUGAGGAAUGGUUGCAAGAUGAGCAGCUCUCUGUGAAUGAGUGCUUUGAGAACCCUGAGAGUAAGCAGGAUAUAGAAACGUCCACGCAGAGACUGACAAGUUUCCUGGCCUCUAAGGAAGGAGAACAGCGUCUGGCUCAGUUGAAGGAGAGGUUUGAGCAAGGGGGACAGGCAAAGCUCCCAGCGGAGGCUCAAGCUUUGCUCUCCACAUGGCAUCAGGAACAGGAAGGAGAACUGGCCACGCUCAGGGCUCACUGCCAAGGACGCCAUAAACAGCUAGAUGAUAUCCUCCACAACCUCAACAGUUUGCAUGAGGAACAUAACCAUUUGAAGGACUGGCUGCAGCAGAGAGAGCAAGUGCCAGAACAGAGAGAAAAACUGAGGCAAAUCCAAGAGGAUUUUCUUAAAGAAAGCGGUCGUGUGGAGGCAUUCAAUAACCUGUUAUCUGCUGUAAGGAUGCGUGGCUUGAGGGGAGACCCUCUCCUUAGAGACAGCGAGACCCUGAUAGACAGAUACCACAGCCUGGGGAUUCUAUUGGAGAAUCAGGCACAAGUCCUCAAGACCCUUGAUGAUCAAAUUGAAACAUUCCAAACCAAUGCAGAACAGACCAGAGCCUGGAUCAGAAAUUUAAAGCAAGGACUUGAGUACCUGGGGACAGACACGCCAAUGCAGGACAAACAUGUAAAUGCUCAGGCUGUUCUUAAUCUAAGUCCUGAGGGUGAUGCUAAACUCGUGGCUCUGAAAAAAGAGGGUGAUGCUUUAUGUGCUCAUGAGAUUUUGGAGGACACCGGAAGACAGGAGCUCAGUCACACCCUCGGAAACAUUGAAGAUGAGUGGAAAAGAGUUCUGGAUAUGGCUCAGCAGCUAAAACAUCAAGCAGAACUCCAAGACACUCUCUGUAGAGAACUAGAGGAUCUACAGGCCCAGGAAGAGAGCAUCCAGUCCUGGGUGAGAGAACAACUGCUAACGCUUCGCUCUUUGGGGAAGGACCUUCAGUCACAUGAGAAACUUAAUAAAGUCCAGGCUGUUUUAGACCUUGGUGAUGAAGCCGAUUCCAGAUUGGCCAGUUUACAGAGACAAGGACAACAUUUAUGCUCUUAUAAAGAGCUUGAGAAUGAGAGGAGGAGCCAGAUUGAACAAGCCCGGAGAGCAGUAGAGGAGGAGUGGAGGAAAGUGCUACAACUUGCCCAGGAGCUCAAGAACCAGGUCAAGCAUGAGGAAUCUCUUUACAGAGAGUUACAAACUUUCUGUGAUCAGGGAGAGGACACUCGCUCCUGGAUUAGGCAUCUGAGAGAGACCCUGGAUUCUCUUCUUGUGACAUCUUCCUUUCAAGAGAGGCUUAAUGGAGCUGAGGCACUACUAGCUCAUAGAUCUGAGUGGGACGAUAAACUUUCUAACUUAAAGACAAAGGGAGAGAAUCUAUGUUCUUGUGACGAUCUAGAUGAAGACAAACGUCAGACAAUUCAACACACAUUACAAGAUGUACAGCAAGAGUGGAUGGGAGUUUUGAUGCAGACUCAGGAACUGAAGAACCAAUCAGAACUUGAGCGGUCUCUUUCUGAGGAUCUUCAGGAUCUUCAAGAACAGGAGGAGAGCACACACUCUUGGCUUACAGAGCAGUAUAUGAAGAUCAAAUUGCUUGGGGAAGAGACUCAGUUACAAGAGAGAAUGAAUGGAGCCCAGGUCAUCCUGAACUCAGAAUCAGAGGGGGAUUACAAGCUAACCAACCUGAGGAGGAAAGCAGAGGGUUUGUGCUCUCGAGAAGGCCUGGAAGAAAAAAGAAAACAGGAAAUCCAGCUGAACCUGAGAUCAAUUGAACAAGAAUGGAAGAAGGUCCUGGCAAGUGCUCAAGAAUUAAAGAACCAGGCUGAGCUCCAGGAUUCUCUUGCAAGGGAGCUUCAGAAUGUCUGUACCCAAGAGGAGAGCACCUGGACCUGGGUGAAGAAUCAGAAAGAUUGCCUGGACUCACUAGGGAAAAGUACUCAUGGUACACAGGAGCAGACUGAAGAGAGACUAAGCAAAACACAAGCUAUUCUAAGUAUGCAGUCUGAGGGCAACUCUAAGAUUGCAGCCCUGAAACAGACAGUAGACCAUCUUUGUAACCAUGAAGAUCUUGAUGAAGAUGCAAGACAUUCUCUCAUUAAGAAAAUACAAAAUAUAGAAGAGGAGUGGAAGACAACACUGCAGCAAGCACAGGAGCUGCAUAGUCUGCUGAAAAGUGUAGUGGAACGUCUGGUGUCCUGUCAGUGUCAGAAGGAACAGCUUCAGUCUCAUCUGGAUCAGGUGAAACGGCAGACUGCUGCACUGCCGCGGCACUUCCCCUGGCCUGGUUUAGGGGAUCGAAGGCACACAUUGGAGCAAGCCAAGAGUCUGCUAGACCGUACCAGAGCACUGACCCCAUCUCUGUCUGCUGUCCGAGCGCUCGGGAGGGAGAUGAGCCAGCUGACCCAUGAUUCCAGCUGGAUUGAUCCAUCCUGGGCCACCACAGAGGAGUGCAUACCUGAGUUAAUCAAAGAUCUUACGGAGUUUUGUGUAAAUCUCGAAGAGGAAAUCCGGAAAGAGCGAGUCUGUGCUCAGUUAGUUGAGCAGCACACUGUAGCGCAGGAUUGGCUGAGAGAGCAAGUCAAAGGUUUCGGUGCUCUGCCCACUGAACGUCAUGGGUUACAAAGCUCUGUCAACACUCUUAAGGCUCUUCUUCAGACCAUAGACAGGGAGAAGAAAGAAAUGAAAGAACUGGAUACUGUUAAAGAUUCCUUGAUGGAUCUUUGCACUCCAGGAGGUUGUGAUGCCCUGACCUUAGAGGUCAGCCAUCUUCAUGACCUCUGUGUGUCCUCGGAGAAAGAGAUGAGGGAACGGUUAUCUGUGUGUGAGGCCAGAUUGAGUGACAUCGACCUCAGAAUUGCUGGUAGGGCACAGAUUCUCAGGGAGCAAGCAGAGAGUCUCCUAGAUGAGCUGCAUGCUCAGGACCACUCUUUAGGAUUCCUGGUGGAUAGCCAGAAUAUCAGCCAGCUACAGGAGAACUGGCAUAGCUUCAAGACAUGUGAGAGAGAGCUUGAGUCUUUAGAGGGCAAAGUUUAUGACCUUGGCCAGGCCCUCCAAAUGGUCCCACCAGAUGAGGGACCCCCCAGUCAUGUCAUUUCUAUAGUGGACACAGUUACACAACAAUAUUGCAGUCUGCGGUCGAAACUGUUGGAAAAGCAGAAUGACUGCGCAGACAGCACUGUGCAGUGUGUGAGACAGGCCUUACAAAACAUACAGUCAUGGAACCAGACACAUGCAAAUCCUCCCUGCAGCUCAGCCACAUCCAUGCAGGCUGCAAUUGAGGAAGGUGUGAGACUGUGUAAAAGCCUGCAGGUAGCGCUGUCCCAUAAAGAACUGCUGAGGGAAUGUCUGGGCCCUGACUUGGCUGGCAAACUUGAAAGAGACGGAACAAAAGCACUAAACGAAGCAGACAUUCACAUGAAUGACCUUAAACAGGAGCUUAAAAAUGUGGAGGAGAACAUAAAGCAGGAAGCUCAAAAGUUGCCACUGGAAGCUCAAAGCAUUCAGCUGGAUUCACAGGUUUCUGGUGCAACACCAUCAACAAAGGAGUCAGAACAGUCAGAAUUUGUUUCUUCUUCAUCGUUUAUCAUGGAGCGCUGUGAAAUGAUAGAUGACAGUGAGCAGGCUAAGGUACAGCCAUCUGAAAACCUUGACAGCGAGAUCCCUCUAUGUGUAAUCUCAGAUACUACAAAUGAAACAGAAAUUCAUACUGCAAGAAAAUCACUACAAACAUUAGAGACUGAAACUGAACAGACCGAUUUCCAAACAACUGUACUAUUAACCACAGAGAUGCUACUUCAACCAGCAUCAGGAGUGUGUGAAUCAGCUCUUCCUACAAGCAGACAUGGUGCAAAUGAAACUGUGGAAACUUUGGAAACAAAGUCUGAUAAUGAUGAGAUAGCAGAUGAAAAGAUGUCCAUUUCCUCAUCUGCAGCUGUCCACAGCUUGGAAACCACAGUACAAGACACAGACUUGGAAUUACAAAGCACUGAGAAUCUUAACACAGAAGGACAAGUAAGCCAUUUGUCUGAUGUAGUUGUAAGUUCAGAAUCUUUUGCUGAUAGAGUGGAGGGUGAGAAAAUUAAAGCAGUGACUGCAGAACCAGAUAAAGAGGAAGAGGUCUCAUAUAUUUCACUUUCUCAAGAGGAACCUCGUGGAGAAGGUGAAGCACAAACCAAAAAGGUUACUGCACUCAUUUUAGAUUUGGAUACAGUGCACAUAGAUAAUGUAGACACAUACUCCCACACACCCACAGAUGGUGCUACAGUGAAAGUAGCCUUUGCUAGUGCUCUAUUAAAUGAGACGACAGUGGGCAAACAAGAUCAUGAAACACUCGCCCCUCCAGAAGCUGACAUUUCUGAAGUAGCCUUAGAAUCAAUUAGCAUCCCAUCUUCUCUUAACGAGCCAAGUAUGGUGAAUGUUUCAGAAAUUAGUUCAGCAGUAGAACCAGAACAGUCACAGCUCAUUGAUAUAGACACUAAUGGACAAAAGCAAACAACAGCAGCUCCACCUUCUGAAACACAAGGUACUGAAGAUGCUGCUUCCAGACGUAUUGGAACAUUUUCUUGGGACAAUGGACAAAAUGCCGCAAUCGCUGACAGAGAGAGCAACUGGCCUACAAAUAAUGGCCCUCAUGAAAUCCAACGGCGAUUUAUUAUUCUAGACUUCCCUGAGGGGGAGGAAAUGCAGAGACAUCAUGCUAAUGAAGCUUCUCUUUUCAGGGAACCCACUGAAACACAGAUUCAGGGAUUAGAAUGUUCAGUGUCAGAAAGAAUGGAGACAGAAUGUGAUGCUAAAACAGAAUCAGAGGUCAUAGUUAGUUCAAUCAGACCUUUAGAAGCAUCUGAGAAAUCUGAACUGGUUGAAGCAAGCCUUAAACUACCAACAAGGCAAGUUGGAGAAGUCAUGCAUUUCAUUGUAGAAGAAGAGACAAAGAAGAUGCCAUCAGGUGAUAAAAUGCAAUUCAUAGAACUUGAUCCUAAAUGUAAAUCUCCAAUCAAGCAACAAAUUGAGGUAGAAACUGAGGUCCAACAAACAAACAAAGUGCAUGUCUCAACAACAGCAGAGGAGAAACCUGAAGGUGAAGAAGCCAUUGACGUCAUUUUGGGAGAAGAGACAAAGACCCAAUCAGGGGGUGAAGCACAAUCUGAAGAAAUUGAACCUGGACUGACACCUCCAAUCAAGCUCCUGGUUGACUGGGACACUGAGGUACAACCUAAAAUAGUUAAUGUCUCAUUAACACCGGAGGAGAAACCUGAAGUUGUAGAAGCCACUGAUGUGAUUGUAGAAGUAGAGAUGAACAAGACCCCACCAGGUGAAAAAGCACAAUUCAUGGAAUCUGAACCUAAAUUGACACCACCUGUAAGGGGAAAUGACAAUAAAACUGAUGUCCAUCCAAACAAAAUAAAUGUCUCAUCACAAAAAGAGAACACUGAAGGUGAAGAAUCUGUGGAUGUCAAUAUAGAAGAGGAGACAAAGACAACAUCAUCAGAUAAUAAAGCACAAUUAGCUGAACCUGAACUGACACCAUCAAUCAAACAAAAGACUGACCAAAAAACUGAGGUCCAGUCAGAAAAGGUGGAUGUAAUACCAGACGAGAAAACUGAAUGUGAAGAUGCCUUGCCUGCCAUUGAUGAAUGGAAUGACUGGGACACUGAGGUACAUUCUGAAAAAAAUAAUGUUUCACUGACACCAGUGGAAAAUCAUGAAGUUGCAGACACUGCAGAUGUCAUUGUAGAAGAAGAGACAAACAUAGAAGCUGUACCUAAACUGACACUACCAGUCAGGCAAAGAAACAAAAAUAAGUUUGAUGUCCAAUCAAACAAGGUGAAUAUCUCAACAACAUCAGAGAAGACACCUGAAGGUACAGUGGUUAUUACUCUCACUGUGGAAAAUGAGAUGAAGAUGACACCAUCAGAUGAUAAAGCACAAUCACUAGAAGAGGAAACUUUACUGACACUACCAGUAAGGCAACAAAAUGAGGGUGAAACUGAUGUCCAAUCAAACCAGGUAAAACUGUCAACAACAUCAGAGGAAAAACAUGGGGAUACCAUGCAUAUCUCUGAGGAGGAAAGGACAAAAAGGACUUUGGUUGGUGAAAUGCAGUUCAUAGAAGCUGAGCCUAAACCAAUGCCACCAGUCAGAAGACAAAAUGAGGGUGAAACUGAGGUCCAAUUAGAUAAGGUCGAUGUCAUACCAACACCUCCCACCAGACAACUUAAAGGUGAAAGGUUAUCAUUAGAUAUUGAAUCACACAUAGAGGGAGAAGUUCCUCUCACCCCACCAAGCAGAAGACAUAGAGAAAAAAUAGGAAUUGAGAGUUUUUCGCUCGAUCUGGAGACCGAUCCCAAACCACCAGUGAGGCAACCUAAAGAAAAAGAAGGUAGUAAACUGUCACUCAAUCUGGAGACCGAACCAACACCACCAGUGAGACAACAUAAAGAAAAAGAAGGUAGUGAACUAUCACUCAAUCUGGACACCGAACCCACACCACCAGUGAGACGACAUAAAGAAAAAGAAGGUAGUAUACUGUCACUCAAUCUAGAGACCGAAUCCACACCACCAGUGAGACGAAAUAAAGAAAAAGAAGGUAGUGAACUAUCACCCAAUCUGGAGACCGAGCCCACACCACCAGUGAGAAGACGUAAAGAAAAAGAAGGUAGUGAACUAUCACUCAAUCUGGAGAUCGAACCCACACCACCAGUGAGAAGACGUAAAGAAAAAGAAGGUAGUGAACUAUCACUCAAUCUGGAGACCGUACCCACACCACCAGUGAGAAGACGUAAAGAAAAAGAAGGUAGUAAACUAUCACUCAAUCUGGACACUGAACCCACACCACCAGUGAGACGACGUAAAGAAAAAGAAGGUAGUAAACUAUCACUCAAUCUGGACACUGAACCCACACCACCAGUGAGACGGCGUAAAGAAAAAGAAGGUAGUAAACUGUCACUCAAUCUAGAGACCGAACCCGCACCACCAGUGAGACGACGUAAAGAAAAAGAAGGUAGUAAACUAUCACUCAAUCUGGACACUGAACCCACACCACCAAUGAGACGACGUAAAGAAAAAGAAGGUAGGAAACUAUCACUAGAUCUGGACACCGAACCCACACCACCAGUAAGACGACGUAAAGAAAAAGAAGAAAGUACAUUAUCACUUGAUCUAGAGUCCCAACUCACAUCACCAGCAAGACGAUGUAAAGAAAAAGAAGAUAGUCAAUUAUCACUUGAUCUGGAGACCCAACCAACACCACCAGCAAGACUAUGUAAAGAAAAAGAAGAAAGUACAUUAUUACUUGAUCUAGAGACCCAACCUACACCACCAGCAAGACGACGUAAACAAAAGGAAGAUAGUCAAUUAUCACUUGAUCUGGAGACCCAACCAGCACCACCAGCAAGACUAUGUAAAGAAAAAGAAGAAAGUACAUUAUUACUUGAUCUAGAGACCCAACCUACACCACCAGCAAGACGACGUAAACAAAAGGAAGAUAGUCAGUUAUCGCUUGACCUGGAGACCCAACCAACACCACCAGCAAGACUAUGUAAAGAAAAAGAGGAAAGUACAUUAUCACUUGAUCUAGAGACCAAACUCACAAGUGAUAGUCAAUUAUCACUUGACCUGGAGAUCCAACCAACACCACCAGCAAGACUAUGUAAAGAAAAAGAAGAAAGUACAUUAUCACUUGAUCUAGAGACCCAACUCACACCAUCAGCAAGACUAUGUAAAGAAAAAAAAGAAAAUACAUUAUCACUUGAUCUAGAGACCCAACUCACACCACCAGCAAGACUAUGUAAAGAAAUAGAAGAUACUCAAUUAUCGCUUGAUCUGGAGACCCAACCAACACCACCAGCAAGACAAUGUAAAGGAAAAGGCGAAGAUAAAGGAUUAUCAGUUGAUCUGGAUCCUCAACCAACUCCACCAUUAAGAAGACACAAGGAUAAGCCAGAGAGUGACAUGGUAUUUUACAGUGCUGAAUUAGGAAAAAGUGAUAAUCAGGAAACCAGUGAACAUAAAGACACAGAAGAGCACACUGUUAAACCAACUCCACCUGUCAGUAAAAUUAGUCAGGUUGAAAGUGAUGUGGCAGUUUGCAAAAAACAAGAAGAGAAAGAGGUCUUUGUGAAACCCACACCACCAACAAGAAGGAAAGAUAGCAAAGUUGAGAGCAAAAUUGUUGUAGGUGCUUCUAACCUGAAAGGAGAUACAAGCAUACAUAAACCAACUCCACCUCUAAGGCGAAAGGACAGCCAAGCAGAAACUGAGAUGGCUCCAACCACACCUAAAAGUCAACCUGAGGACAUCCUUCCAACUCCACCAACCAACCGAAAGAAAGAUCAAAUAGAUGCUGACAGAGUUCCAUUAAUGCCAGAAGAGCCACAGGUCAGAUCAACUCCAACAAUCAGCGACAAAGAAAGUUCAUGGAAUGAAAAGGUUUCUAUGUGUGCAAGAGUGGAGUUGAAAGCAGAUGUUGAAGCAAUAACUAAAUGGGAAGAAAAAGAUGAGUCUGAUACAAAGUCAUUGGUUGGUCAGGACCAGCAAGAGGAGGAGCAGGACUCUACUUUGGUCCCAGAACCCAUAAGUGCAAUCAGUCAGACAGAGGGUGUCAGUGAGAUGCAGCCACAAGAUCAAGAUGUGGAUGUUUCUCCCCAAUUUGGUCUCGCGGCUGAAAUCACUGAGAGUCAAGCAGAGGAAGAUAAGGAGCCAGAGGGACCCACAAUGAAGGAUAUAUUCAUGGAGAUAAAAAAAAUGACUGAAAAGGGGCAAAAAAGUGUACUCAUGGAGGGAAUACCUCAUGAAAGUACAAAGAAACUUCUUGACACUUCCAGCAAUGAUCUUGAAGCUCGGUUAAAAAGGCUAGUGUUCCAUUUGUUGGACCUUCGAAAUUGCCCAGCUGCUCUGAACUCCAAAGACAUGGCCAAGCAACUAGAGGAGGCUGAGGAAUGUAGAAGGUGUGCCCAGAGACAAGUAUCUAUGCUGUCUAGGCAAGAUCAGGCUAAUGGAGACAUUGGCAGUGGCACUAAUGGCACAGUUUAUGACCCUGAGGGUAUGCAACAGCUGAGCGCCCAGUGGAGUGCAGCUUUGUGGGAUGCAGCAAGCUCUGUUCACUCCAAAGAAGCUCAACUACAGAUGGUUGCAGAUUUCAACAGACAGACCAAGAAAGUCAAAGCUAUUCUGGAGAGACUAAAAAUUGAGCGUGCGGCCCUGAGAUUCUCUCCAGCUGUGAGCAGUUUUGCUGAGGAGGAAAGGCUGCACUCUUUCUUGAGAAAUAUGGAGCAGGAAAGGACAGCUCUCGGUGAGUUAAUUCAGACUCAUGCAAAACUGUCCCCCCACCUCAGUGCGCCUGAGAGACAAGCAGCGGAAAUACAGCAAAACAAUUUGCAAAGCCAGUGGAGGAUGCUGGAGAAGGAUGCAGAGAUUGCUCUUUACAAGGUUAAUGCUCAUGCUAAAGAAAUCAGCAGCCUUAUUCAAGAGGUCAGUGCUUUAAAAGACCAUCUCGAGAACAUUCAGAAGACCUUGGAUGCAUCUAAAUCCUCGCCAGUUUUAUGGGAUGGCAAGAGAGCUCAAGAAAUUAUGAAUUUAAAUGCUGAUCUCACUUCCACCCAUCAACAGUACUUACACAUUCAGCAGACCUCUGAGGCACUUGCCCAGGAAUUCCAAUUCAGUGCAGAGAUAUCCAGCAUAGAGCAGGAUCUUCAGCAUAUAAAAGACCAGCUGAAUCAAAUGAGUGAACAGUUAGCAGCUUCAACCCCUAGCAGCAGCAACUCAACGUUAAGUAAAAUUGUUAAGGUGAUGACAAAUGCUCUGGCUUGGGCCAAGCAGACAGAAUGUGAUGUUGAAGGACGACAGAAAAAGGUGUCUUUGCUUCCAGAAGAAGUCCAUCGACAGAUUAAAGAUUUAAAGAAAUUGCAGUCUGAGAUGAACUUGAAGCAAACCCAGUUGAAGUCUUUGGUUGAGGAAGUCACUGAGCUGAUUUCUGAUCUCGAUGAAGCUGAUGUUCCGAUGGUGACCUCAUCCUUGAAUGUCCUAGAAAAUUUGUCCAAAUCAACUGCAGAAAAACUGGCUGAGGCAGUUCGCGACAUGGAGUCAGGACUUCAGACCCGGGAGAAGAUGUCAGAGCAGAUAGCAGAUGUUGAUUCAUGGGUGGUUGGACAUCUGCAGAGGGAAGCUUUGAGGAGAGAAGAUUAUCAAAGUUUGAGUGUGGCAGACCUGGAUCGCAGGCUGAGGCAGAUCCAGGACACUCUUGGAGAGGCGGAAAAGCAGUCUGCUGUAACUGAAGCCCUUCUGAUGAAAAGCAGAGACAUUGCAUCUGAGCUAAGUGUCUCAGAGAGUACUAAGCUCUAUGAGAAACUCACCAACCUUCAAGAGGACAUCAAAAGGAUUAUUAUCUAUGAGAAGGCAUGUUGCCAGGAAAUUAUAGAUGUUAUCCAGAGCCAAGAAUCGUCUCAGAGGAAGGUGUCAUCUCUAGAGAACAGCCUGAGACAAAUGUUAGUUGAUGUAAAAAGACACAGGUUUCCUGUUACUAAGGAUACCCUCUCUGUCAUUGAACCCUUCAAACAGAUGCUUGUGGAGCGCAAAUCUCAGGUUGAGCAAGUCAGUCCUUGUUCAGAGGACAAGAGAAGAGAGAUGUUAUGUGUUAUUACUGAACUGUACCACAAAAUGAUUGAUUUGGAUCUCAAAUCACAAGCUCAUGAAAUGUACUUGAGCCACAGUCGGUGCAUUGACGAUGUCAAGGAAGAAAUGGAGGCUCAGAUCCCAAGGACCAAAGAUGAGAGCAUUAACAAAGAGGAACGCUACAGAGCCUGUCAGGUCCUUCUGAUUCAUAUCUCUUUAGUGAAUUUUUUGUGUGAGGAAACAGCGGAUGAACUGCAGGAAAUCACAGCAGAUCUAUAUCCAUCCCAGCUCUCUGCUGAACAAACAAGACUCCAACAAAUACUGGAUAGUCUCAAAACCUCAGAAAUGGCAUUGAGCAAUAAUCUUCAGAUAUUGGAAUGGGAUCUGCUAAAACCUAUUCAUUAUCCAUCAGAAAAAAGAGCAGUUCAGCAAUUCCUCAAAGACACCUACGAGGAGCUGGAAAAGCCUUGUAGUAUUGAACCAAAAGAGGCAGUGAUUGAAAAACAACUAAGAAAGUGCCUUGUACUCAGAAAGAAUGUAGAAUCUAGAAUGCGAGUGCUUGAGUUUCUUGAAAAAAAGAUUGGAGCUCAACCUCCACAGGAUUCCAAACAGCUUACUUGCUUGAAGGAUAUGGUUUUGGAAAAGUGUGAUCAACGAAUGGUGAGCCUAACUAAAGCUAAAGAACUCUUGAGGAACUACACCAAAGCAGUGACUGAUACCAUUCGGUUCCUCCAAAAAGCCACGUUGGCCCUCCUUCCCUCAAUCUGCUCUGCUAGAAGCUGCUCAGAAAGACUAAAAGAUGCACAGCAUGCUUUACUGACCCUUGACACAGAGUUCCAGUCACAUGUUUCACAGCUUCAAGCUCAAACCCCACAGCAUCCCUGCUUCAAGCCACAGAAGAUUGAAUUUCUACACACAGAGGUUCUAGGCGAGCUCCUGGUCAGGCUAUCAACCCUUAAGGCCCAGGCUCAAAUUAAUAUAGAAUCUUUGAAAAGGUGUGUUGAGUGCCAGAAACAUUCUCGUAAGUGCUAUGAAGAGCUUUGCCAGCAAGUGAGAGACUUAGAAACAUUGCUAUCACAGUGUGCUUCCAAGAAAAUGACUUCACACAAAGACUGCAAAGACCAGCAACAGAAACUCAAGGCUCUAGUGGAAGAGGUUGCCAUGCUUCCUGGAAAACUGGAGAAUCUGAAAGAGUGGUGUUCACUGUAUGGGUGCAGAGCCAACAGGGAGGAUGCCGUGAGCGCUCUCUGGGGUCAGGUGGCAAGACUGCAGCGCUGUGGCAGUGAUCUGCAGACACGCUCCGAACAAAUGGAAGCAGAGUGGAGCAGUGUCACAAGGAGUGUGGAGCAGGCAGCCACUGUGUUGGAGCAGGUGGAUGCAGAACUUCCAGAUAGCAGCAGAGAGAAUCUGACUGGUGAUGAGCUACAGGAACUACUGCUCUUCUGGUCCCAGUACCAGGACAGACUGGACUGUGAACACAGAGCUCUUUCCGCUUUGGAAUUAAGAGCUGCAAGGGUGCUUGGUGUUCCCCCACACCUGGAACAGGCCCCAUCCAUUGAGCUAUGCCAAGAGCUUCAAGCCUUGCAAGAGCGCUACCAUAGUCUAAAGGAACGGAGCUCUCAGGGUUUGAGGGCAGUAAGAACCGAGGUCGAGGAGAGGGAACGAGUGCAGGAGCAGCUGGAGGGAGUCAGAGAAUGGCUGGAAUCUGCAGUUUCUCUCCUUGCUGUACUGGAGCACGAGCCUAGCAAGAAGCAACUGCAGGAGGUUCACUCACAGCUGUGUACCCAGAAGGCCGUUCUGCAGCGUAUUUCGGAAAGCUUGAAGAUGAUGUACUCUGAAAAAAAUACAUCAGUUCCAGAGGAGAUAGAGGGACUAUUACAGGAAGUCUCAGAGUCAUUACAGGAAGUGGAGGAACAGGUGAAGACAGCUGUGGAGAAAAGUGGCCCACUUCACAGGCUGGGUGCUAAAAUCUCGGAGAUUAAAGCAGGUCUGGGAUCAGUUCAGAGCUGGUUAGAGCAGAAGAGCCUGAACUUCACUGAAGCCGAGAGCACACAGAAGCGAGUGUGGGAUGAGUUGGAUGGUUUACAUACUCGUCUGACAGCGGUCGAGGUGGAGUUACAGGAUCUGAGUGAAAUGCAUCCAGAUGAGACCCGUCUGUUAUUAGACAACCUGGCCAACACUCAGCAGACCCACACACGCCUCAACAAACAGGCCGAACAGAGGACCGCCUUCCUCAGCAAGGUCCGUGACUGGCUGCAGGAGCAUGAGGAGAUGGUGAAGGGGUCACAGAGCUGGAUCUCAGAGGCUCAGUCUUGGCUUACAACACCCUGCACAUACACCACUGCCAGAUGCCUGGACAGCCAUGUGAAUGCACUGCAGAUGGUUCUGGAUGAUUCUGCUCAGAUGAGACGGACUCUGCAGGGUUUCGGCAGCGUGCUGACAGAGAUGGGAAGUGUGUUUGAUGUCAGUCCAUUAGAGGAGCAGCUCUCAAAUGCUGAUCGACGUGUGGCAGAUAUGCAGCACAACCUGCUGGGACCGCUCUCUCAGCUGGAGCAUGCAGCAGCAGAAGUGGAUGCCAUUGAGUCAGAGGUGAGAGUCAUGGAGAAAGAUGUGGCCAAAAUCAAAACCACUCUGACCACCAAAGAAGACAUCAGUCAGGACACUCUUAAGGCAACAGAAGAAAGGAUUGACCUAAUGAAAAGGACAGUCACUGAGAUUCAGAACUGUAAGGAUGGUCUGUGUCUUCCUGACAAAGCUGAAAACACACUCUUAGUGUUCAAAAAAGCAGAACUACUACAGAAACAACUGCUGGAACUGGAACAGCUGGCACUAGAAUACUCGAUUGAGGUACAGGAGACAUUUGUCCCACCCCUCAAUGCUCCGCCCCUCACUGCCCCAACCCUCAGUGUUCCACCCACAAUCACUGAGGAAGACACACAGGAGAGUGGUCAGAUUCAGAUUGUGCAUGUAGAGGAGGACAUCCUGAAAAAAUCAGGAGCAACGCUGAUGACGGUGGAGCAAUCCACACUGGAGCAGAGACUCACCUGGGUCUCUGAUAGAAGCAGCCACACCCUCACAGAAUCACAGCAGGAGUCUGAGGAAGACGAGGAGCCCUGUAAGGAUCCAGGAGAUGUAGAAGAAGAUGCUUCUGAUGAAGACUAUGAAGAUUGCAUAAAAAAUGAGGAUGGAGAGGCAAGAGGAAGAUCACCAACCUCUCUGAAUUCUGAGGCUUCCUUCAGCAUGACUGUGGAGGACACAGCUUCUGCAGACGUGGUUUCUUCUACAGAACAGAUUGUGGAGCAGGCAGAAGCAGCUCAAGACUCAAAGGUAGAAGUAGAUACCUCUGUGGCCUCAGGAACAGGUGUGUCAGAAGCUUUAUCUGAAGCAGAUGCCACAGUGGAAAGCCAGUCUCUCCCUGCAGACAUGGAGCAGGGUGCAUGGAGGGGGGAACAGACGCCACACACCAAUGACAAACUCACACUGACACACAUGACACAGAAACAUUCAGAGUCACAAGCCCCACCCCCAGAAACAAAAGACAUCUUCACUUUACCUAAUAUCAUGAUCACCAAUGAAAAACUCAGUCAACAGGCUCACUUAGAGAAAACCACCUUUGUGCCUCAGAGCCUGAGCUCCACAAAACCCACCAAUACACCAUCAGCCAAAUCACCAGAGCUACAUUUACACACUCUGACACACACUCCAUCAAAUGCAAAAGACCGUAGAUUAGACAGCAGAAGCACACACGACACACACACACCAAUUACAGUCAAGCCCUGCCUGGAGAGGACAGAGCCAUUGGAUGCGAGUGCAUCUUUGGCCACAGGUGAAGCUGGGGGCUCGGGUGGAUGGCUACUCCAUGCCUGCCGUGAGAGGGCUGAGCAGCUGGAGCUGUGUCUGGAGAGAGCACAGGUCAGUCUAGAGGGGUCAAGACAGCAAGCACAGGACACAGCCAUGCAGCACUGCAUUGAACAACAACUUCACAACUGCCAGACAAUUCUUGUGGAGAUUGAACAGAGGAUCUCCAGUCUUCCUGUGUGUGGAUUGAAAGAACUGGAGCAACAUGAGGCUGAAUCACUCAACACCAAACUGCAGCUGCUGAAGAACAGACUGGUGAUAGUCCAGUUAGAGCUGCAAGAGAGACACGGCGAAGAUCAGGUGCAUGUUGAGAGUCAGCGCCCCCUGCAGGCCAGGUUAACGCGCAGCAACAGUGUGCAAGAGAUGUUGAGUUCUUCCAAAACCAAACUGUUCAGACAGAGCAGCCUUCAACAACAAAGGGAACUGGAGCAUGGAUUGAAUGAACAGAGGGAUCUAACUAAAGCUAUUGCAAUUCAAGGCAGCAGAGCCCAAACACAGAGCCAGAGCGCAGAUCAAUAUGAAGGCCCCUUACCAGAAAAUGAAGACAAAAGACAGGAAGUAGAGUUAGCAGUCCACAGGAAGUGGACACACCUCUGCAGCAGACUGACCAAGACAGCAGAGACAGAGCAAGGUGGAGAUAAAGAUCAGGAUCCAUCUGAGAUCCUCGCUCCAUCUGUGUGUUUGUGGAGCGGAGCUGCUGUUUCUUUCUGUCUUCAGGAGAUUCAAUCCAACAUCUCACAACUCAAAGAACUGCAAAACUCAGCAGUAACAAAGGAUCAUCAGUCUCUGGAUGAAGGUUUAUUUGAGGUGUUGAGUGGAGUCGAUCUCACUCUCAACUCUCUCACACACACUCUUAGGUUUCAGCCAGCAACCUUAAACUCUGACUUAUUAAGCCAAUUAGAGCAGCUACAGGGUUUAUCUUCAGAGCUGAUCUCCUUGGGUGCCAUAUUGACCUCCCAUGGGUCAGAGGUCAUAAAGUUGUUAGGUUUGGAUUCAGCGAUAUCAGAGACCUCCACUUGUUUUGACCUGCUGAGGCAGUGUGUAUGUGACAUUCAAAAGACUCUGGCUGAUAAACAGGAGCAGCUACAGGAACGAUUAAAACACACGACUCAACUGCAGAAGAGAGUGAAAGACCUGCAUGACUCAGUACUAACUAAUACGUCAGUCCUUCUCCCUACAACUAAUGGAGAAACCCACUGUGACCUUCAAACACAGCUGCAGGCCAUCACUGGAUGGAAACAGGAAGUGGAGCAGAGUGAGAGAAAGUUGGCAGAACUUAAAGAAGAGACAGAGAGUCGAGAUCAACCUUCGUCCCUCACACAGCAGAUCAGCACACUGGAGGCGGUAUUGGAGAGUGUUUGGAGUGAUCUAGAGCAACGCUGUGGAGUUGUGCAGUGGAGUCUAGAUGAGCAGAAGAUGAGUGAAAAAAUCCUGAAGGGUCUGCAGAUGCUUCUGACGAUCGGAGGAGAGAAACUCGCCUGCACCUCUCAGCUGGAGCUCAGGAAUCCAGCACAAAUACAGACACACCUCAACACACACACGGCGUUUUUCCUGUCUCUGGGUGCCCACCUGAGGAGACUGCAGCAACUGAGUGUGCGGAUGCCAGACAGCGCCUCCUCUGGCUGGGAGACUGAAGUGUCUGAGGUUGAACGUCAAGUGUCCAGUGUCCUGCAGCAGGCUCAGGCUGUCGGUACAGUGCUGCACUUAGCGCUGCAGGUUUGCACUCACUGGGAUGAAAAUCAGUCCUGGUUAGAAACGCUUCUACAGAGAUUAGAGACUCAACUUCCCAUAACACCUCUGCAGGACCAAACGGAGGAGCAGCUCGACGAGAAUAUUUCUGUCUAUCAAAGUGUGCUGGCGGUUCUGGAGAAGAACAGAGCUCGGAUCAGUCUGGUUCUGGAUGAGGGCAGCAGACAGCAGGAGCAGAUUUCUAGUAGUGAGAUGGGUGUGUCUAUAUGCAUAGUGGGUGUGUCUACAUCAAAACUGGAACAGCGAUUGGCUGCACUUCAGAGGAGGGUGGAGCAAGGACUAUGCUCCACCCACCAUCUUAAAAAGCUUUGGAAAAGGUACCAAAGUGAUUCAGAAGCUCUGAAUGAGUGGAUGCGACAAGCCCGAGAGCGCCUUCAUUCAUGGAGAGAUCACAUGACCACAGCUGAACAGGAAGUGGACACCCUCUCCCAUUUUCAGCACUUCACAGAGUUCAUGAAGGAGCUAGAGGUGAAAUCGGCCCUGAAGGCAUCAUUGAUCAGUUCUGGAUCUUUGAUCCUGUUCCUCAAUGAAAGAGAGCAGAACAUUGAGACACAGAAGAUCAGCAGAAGCACCAGUGCUCCAAGAACCUCCACUCCCUCUGGAAAUACAACAACCCCUGAAGACCUACAGCCAAGUGAAACUAGCAACCGAACCUCCAUUGUCCUAGAUAACAACCCUGAAGACUCCUCAUCUAUAGAUGUCCCCUUACCUUCAGAAACCAAUGUUUCCUCUAUUCAAAACAUCUUCUCAGAAGAAAUUCUUUCUACCACGGAAGAAUCAGAUGGAAAGAUCACAAAUGAAGGUGUUAUCUUUGAGGAACCAACCUCAUCUCUAUUCGAUUUAGCUGUAAAACAAGAGAUGCUUCUGUCCCCAGUUCUUCUGACUCUACAGUCCCAGCUGUCUCAGGUGGAGCAAGACUGGGUGGAAAUACAGAAACAUAUUCCUGUCGUCCAACAGGAACUGCAUCAGAGUGUGGUGGAGAGCCUGUCUCCUGAAGGACUGCUGGCUGAUGUGUGUGGCUGGAUUACGGGUGCUGAGAGCAGGUUACAGGCAGCUGAACGAGAGGGUCACAACACCUGGACUGCUGCCGAGUUCACACACCUGCUCAGAACAUAUCAGGGGAUGAAGAGAGAGAUGGCAUGUCAGCAGAUGUCUCUUGACUUUAUUAAUCAGUGUGAGCUGAAGCAGGCUGCUUUUGACUCUCACACAAGCAGGUACAAACACACUGCAUUUGCUGAAAACCUGGGACACGUCAAUCUGCGCUGGAAAACUCUACAAGAUCACCUGAACACACUGAUCCAACAUGCUGAAGAUGAGGUGAGGAUGCGUGUAGAGCAAGAUAACAAACUCCAAAUCCUACAGCACUGGGUCAAAGGUCAAAAACAAUGGAUGCGAUUGGCCGAAAGACCCAUCAGUCGCUCAUUUGCAGAGAGGAGUCUGAAGGAUUGUGAAGAGCUGGGGGAUAAGUUGAAGUCUAAAUUCUCAGAACUUGCUGAGCUGAGGAAGAGGAGACUUACCACUGAUGAAGAUGACAGGAAUAAAGACUUCCUCUCAAAAGCUCACAAUCUUUCACAAUCUUUGACUGACCUCUCUCAGCAGAGUACAGUCCUUGGGGAUUCAUUGAAAGAGCUGUGUAAGGUGUGGUCUCAGUUUGAAAGUGGGAGGAGUCAGGCAGUUUUAAACACAAUGAGGAUCUGCCAAUCACUGGAGUACUGCCACGCCCCUCUGCCCUCCCUCUCUGCCCUCCAGAACAACAUUGAUAAGAUACAGGUCUUAAAAGCAGAGACAAACGAAAUUGACAGCCAGUGGGAGGAUCUUACCAAGACAACAACAAUUCUUAUUGGUGGAAUUAGCCCAGACUCUGCCCAGGUGUUAUCAGAGCACCUAGAAAAAGAAAAAGCAAGGUGGUCAGAGGUGAAGGAAAAGGUCAAACACACCUUUCAGAGGACACAAAGUCUUCUGAAAGUGUGGCAGAGAUACUCUGAUGUUAGUUGCUCAUGCUCAGAGCAGCUCCAACAUCUCAAAGAGCAGCUCAAGACACACACCAAAACACCUGCUGACAAUAAACAACUCACACACAGCAUGGCAGAGCUGAAGACUGUAUUACAGAAAUGCUCAGAGACUCUUCAGACCGAUUUGAAUGAAGUGCUUGAAGUAUCUAAGGAUCUGACUGAACAGAUGGAUGAUGAGGAUGCUGUUUUCAUCAGAUCAGAAUGCCGUUUGUUAACACGUGGUUACCUGCAGCUAGAACAGACUCUGAAAGGAAGAAUUGAACACAUGAAGGAGGAUUUUGAGCGAUUUCAAGAAUUUGAAAGGUUAUUCCAGUCCCUCGAAACACAGUUACAGCAGUGGGAAAGCAAGCAACGGAUGGACAGCAAACUUACAGAUAUAUCUCAGUCAGGUCUGAUGGAGGUCAGUUCUCUCUCUCCUGAUCUGGAUCUGAUGAACACUCUUAGCUACAGACUGACCCUCAGUGACCCUGUCACACAGAGGCUUCAGCACCUCAACAGGAAGUGGGCACAGGCCUCCGCACAUGCUCAGGAGAAAUGCAGUGAGUUGCAGGCAGCCUCUCUCCAGCAGCAGAGCUUUGAGCAGAGAUGUGAGAGCUGGCUGGCUUUCCUACAGCGCAUGGAGGACAGUUUGGCUGUUGAAAUCGCAUCAACUUACCCUGGACUGAGAGAACAACAACGCGCGCACCAGUGUUUUCAGGCUGAGUUGUCUUUAGGCCAUCAGAUCCUUCACUCUGUGAUCAGUGAAUCUCUCCUCCUGUUGCAGAAGGGAGAUGUAGAGGACAGGAGUGACUUCCUGUUAAAACUGGCACAGCUGAGAGAGCACUGGCAGGGGGCGGUGCAGAGAGCAGCUCAACGGCGCGCUCUAGUGGAAGGGCUCAUACAGCACUGGCAGCUUUAUACACACACAAUGCAGAAACUCCGUAAACUCCUCACACUCACACACACACUCUUGUCGCCUGCUGGUCCCACACACUGUAGUGUCCUGCAGUUGCGCCUCUUGCUGGAAGAUCUGAAGCAAACAGAGCUGUUGUUUCAAAGGUCAGUCUCUGCAUAUCUGUGUGUGAUGGAGGUAGGCAGGCAGCUAUUCUCAGUGAGUGACACACAGACGCAGAUGCAGCUGCAGACAGACCUGGCAGCCCUGCAGGAGGACUGGGAGCAGUGCCAGUGCAUGCUGGGAAAGAGAAAGACUCUCACGUCUGACAUCAUAAAGAAAUGGGAGACCUGUGAGACCAGACUAGCUGAUCAGGCGCAGCUCCUGGAUGAGGUACGAGUCAGACUGAAGCAGUCGAUCCCAGAUCAGCAGGAGGAGAUGGAAGAGGAACGCCUCCUUGUGAAGGAGGUUCAGGAUUGUUUAGAGGACUGGGCCGUCAGUCUUUCCGAGCUCAGCACCAUGAAGACGGACCUGUCCCAGUACAUCCUCACCGAUGACGUCCUCCUCCUGCAGGAGCAAGUGGACCAUCUGCACAGCCAGUGGGAAGAGCUCUGCCUCAAAGUGUCUCUUCGUAAGCAGGAGAUUGCUGAUCGACUGAAUGCCUGGAUCAUUUUCAAUGAGAAGAAUCGGGAGCUGUGUGAAUGGCUGACACAGAUGGAAAACAAGGUAGCACACAGUGCUGAGCUGAGCAUUGAGGAAAUGGUGGAGAAACUCAAGAAGGACUGUAUGGAGGAGAUCAACCUCUUUAGUGAGAAUAAGACACAUCUGAAACAGCUGGGAGAACAACUCAUCACUGCUAGCAACAAGACCAAAGAAACAGAAAUCAAUGACAAGAUCAAGGACAUCAACGACCGCUGGCAGCAUCUGUUUGAUCACAUCGAAGCCAGGGUGAGGAAGCUGAAGGAGACGCUGGUGACAGUGCAGCAGCUGGAUAAGAACAUGAAUAAUCUCCGUACCUGGCUUUCCCGCGUUGAGGGUGAACUGGCUAAACCCAUCAUUUACAGCAUCUGCCACUGUGAUGAGAUCCAGCGCAAACUAGCAGAACAUCAGGACUUGCAGAGAGACAUCGAACAGCAUACAGAGGGUGUAGCGUCAGUUUUGACCCUGUGUGAUGUUUUGCUGCAUGAUGCGGACGCUUGUGGCAGUGAUGGAGAGAACGACUCCAUUCAGCAGACUACGCUCAGCCUGGACCGCCGCUGGAGGAACAUAUGUGCCAUGUCUAUGGAGAGGAGAAUGAGGAUCGAGGAGACAUGGCGUCUGUGGUGCAAGUUCCUGGAUGACUACUCACGCUUUGAAGACUGGCUGAACACAGCAGAACGUACAGCGGCCAACCCUGCCACAAAAGAUGUUCUCUACACCUGUGCUAAAGAGGAACUCAAAAAAUUUGAGGCGUUCCAGCGCCAGGUCCAUGAGCGCCUGACACAGCUGGAGCUGGUGAACAAACAAUACCGACGUCUGGCACGAGAGAACCGGACAGACGGUGCCAGUAAACUGAAGUUGAUGGUGCACGAGGGAAACCAGCGCUGGGAUACGUUACAGAAGAGAGUGGCCACUGUGCUCCGCAGGUUAAAGCACUUCACAUCUCAACGUGAAGACUUUGAGGGAACACGGGAGGGGAUUCUGGUCUGGCUGACUGAAAUGGACCUUCAGCUCACCAAUGUGGAGCAUUUUUCGGAGAGCGAUAUCCAUGAAAAGAUGCGUCAACUAAACGCUUUUCAGCAGGAGAUCACUCUAAACACAAAUAAGAUUGAUGCUCUGAUUGUAUUUGGAGAGAACCUGAUCCAGAAGAGUGCUCCGCUGGACGCCGUACUCAUUGAAGAUGAACUAGAGGAGCUGCACUCAUACUGCCAGGAAGUAUUUGGCAGAGUCGCCCGAUUCCACCACCGUCUUAUCAGCAGACGCCCAGUGCGUGAGGAGGACCGAGAGUUCUCCGACAGGGACACAGGACGGCAGGACUCGGUUGAUUUCGGCGGGGUGUGGGAGAGGGAGGAGGAAGAGGAGGCUGCGAUGAGUUCUGAUGUUUCACUAACAGUACGCCAGGCCGUGUCCCAGCUGAUACCACCUGCUCUAGAGCGCUCAGGGCGUGAGACCCCCGUCAGUGUGGAUUCAAUCCCACUGGAGUGGGACCACACCGUAGAUGUGGGUGGAUCCUCAUCUCCAGAGGAUGACGAGGAGUUGACGUUUUACAGCGCCCUAUCAGAUGUAGAAGUCACUGAGAGCUCUCAGUCAUUUAUUAAAGCUACAUCUAAAGCUCUGAAGGCUGUGUCCGGGGGAAGGUCAGUGGUGGAGCCGUGGCACUCUCCUGAUUUGCCAGACAGGAAGCGAGUGAACAGAGAGAUCAUACGCAGUCUCACAUCUUCACCCACUGACCCCAGCGCCCACUACCACCCACAGGCCUAUGAUAAGCUCAUGUCUGAGUGUGCUGGCAGUAUAGACAGUAUAAAGCGAGUGAAACUGAUUCUGAGCGAGGAAGAACAACUGGAUGAUCAUGGUUUGACGGUGCUCUCUGCGGCUGAUAAGACAGGUGUGAUCGAGCGAUGGGAGCUCCUGCAGGUGCAGACGUACAGCGUGCCACAGGAUCUUCAGCAGUGGCACAAACUCACCUCUGACCUCAGUGAUGUCAUGGCAUGGCUGGACACUGUGAUGCCUGAGCUAGAGAAGCUUCAAACUCUAGAGCCAAAAAUCACCAUCAGAGACAUGGAGAGCAAUAUCCACAAACUAAAGGACAUGCAGAGGACUUUUAACGGCUACAAAUCAGUGAUGAUUGGUGUUAAUCUUAGUGGGCGGGGCUUCCAACACGGAGACAGCACUGAACUACACGAACUGCGUGAAAAUCUGGAGUCAGCCAAUCAGAAAUGGGCACAUGCCUGUGCGGCCCUGGACAGCUGGGAACACAGACUGCAUCAAGCACUCAUGGAGUGUCAGGAGUUUCACGAGACUCUUCACUCUCUGCUGCUGUGGUUAGCUAAAGCAGAAAGCCAGCGCUACAUGGUCAACAUCCAUGACCAAAACACAGACCUCAACAUCCUGCAAGAGCAUCGAGACACGCUCAAGGCUGUUCAGCAGGACUUACAGUCUCGUGAGAGGGAAGUGCACUGCCUGCAGGAGAUCUCCUCACAGAUCCUGCUACAGGACCAGGGAGAAGACACCCUGGAGGCCAAAGAGAAGGUUCAUGUCAUCAGCAACAAGUUACGACUGCUGAUCAGACAGAUUGCACACGAUCUGCACACGCUGCAAAGCAGACUGGACUCAGCUGGUCCAAAUGUGGGCAGGACAGCAUCAACACAACAGCAGGAAGCCGCAGAAGCUCAGGCUGUUACUCGGGGAUCUCCUGCGAGUGUCAGGGAUGACAAAUCUGAGUUGUCCCCAGCGAGGCCGUUCCUGUAUCGUGUCCUACGAGCAGCUUUCCCCCUCCACAUCCUCUUCCUGCUGCUGCUGGUUGUAGCGUGUCUGGUGCCUCUCUCAGAGGACGACUACAGCUGCACUCUUUCCAACAACUUUGCCCGAUCCUUUUACCCCAUGCUCCUCUACACCAACGGACCCCCACCCACAUGAGAACAACUACCCGUCCCCUUCACUAACACACAGCCACAGCUCAUUCUCUAGAGGGAAUGGGACGUAGUCCAAGCCUCUCGGUUUACUCUCCUGUAGCUGAUCCUGUAGCUCUGAUUAAUUUGAGUGAAAGUAGAUUCAGUAGAUUGUCCUGCAACAAUCAAACCUUGUUCCUGGAUCCGAGGACUGUUGCACAUAGAGAGUGAUUUAUUUUCUGAGGAAAGAGCCUUUCCUCAUGAUGUAUAUUUGUAUUUUUAGAGAACAGCAAGGACUCCUCAUCAAAGGUGCACUCAUUUUGUAAUUGUAUAGGAUGUAGCAGCAUAUUCAUUGAAACAUUGAAAUACUCCUUCACACAGAUGUAUUUAUUUUUGACGUAUAAAUGACAAAAUUGAACCCUAUAGGUUUAUGGGCUUUGAGUCGGCCUGUAUUGUUAAACUAGAAGUCCAAGUGAUUGGACUUGCUUGAAUAUCAGUUCAUAGUUUCUAGGAGUCAGUGUAAAAUAACUUUUAAUGAAGAAUAUAUUUUAUUUGUAGCUCUUUUAGCUGCCAUUUUAUUGGUCAAAGCCAUGAAGGAGAGGCAUUAGGGUGUGUGCAAAAUGUAUGUUUAAUUUAUUCAGCCUAAAGUUUGGUGGCUGUUUGGUGUUGUUUUCAUGUGUGUGUGAAUAUUGUAAAACUACUGAAAUUAUUUAAUUAUAAUUGGUAACUGUUCUCAGUGGAGAUAAUAAAUUAUAUCUGAUUAUGUUUUAUAGUUUAUAGCUAGAAUUCUUCAGCCAGGGAAAUCUGGUACCCUGAUGUGUUUGUGUCUGGUGUGUUUUUAGAAACACAUUUCAAAAGUAUCCACAUGACUGCAUGUGGCUUUUAUUUUAUUUUUAACCUACAGAGAGUCUGGUGAAAGCCCAUUAGUCGCUCUUUCACUCAUACUAACUGCCAAAGUGUCAGAGACUUGGUUUUAUAAUUCAUCACAGUUAUUUAAAGAGUGGUGUUCGUUUUGUUGUUUGGUGUUUUUAAUUGAAUUGUUAUAGUAUAGAUGAAAUUAUUGGUCAAUUAAAAUAGACUAUGAUAUAAGUAUCCAUUAAUCACAGAAAACAUACACUUUAUGACGAAUUUAUUUUGCAGCAAACCUUGCACUGCCAAUGUCAAACACUGGUUGAAGACGAUAUAAAGAUCUUUGUGGUUUCAGUUUUCCUACAAAUAAACAUUGUACAAAU